AAUUUUCUUCAUCUCCCACGAAAACUGUCGUAUCUCUAGCUAUCCAAGGAGUUUAGAUAAUGUCUUAAUUUAAUUUUUAUUGAUAUUUGUAUUUCCCGCGAAAACAAACGUAUGUUUAGAUACGACUCUUUGAUUACAACUAUUUCCCGCGAAAACAGACGUACGUUCAGAUACGACGCUUUGAUAACAAGUUCAGUAAUCAAUAAUCAAUUUAAUAUUAUAAUGUGAAUAAUGAAUUAUUUUUAUAACUCCUUUCUAUUAUACAUUGUAUUAUAAUGGAAGGAGUUAUUUUAAUUUCGUCAUUAUAAUUUUAUUCUCUAUUUCUUAAUAAUAAUAUGGAAAACAAAUUGUCUACGGAAAUGAAUGGUGAAAAUAAUAAUAAUAUUAUGGAUUCAAUUGAUUUUUCCUCCGAUUCUGAUAGUUUAUUAGACACAUAUUAUUAUGGCUGUUUAAGUAGUGACGAGAGUAGUGAUGAUGUCAGUCAACUAAUUCCUACUAAUAACAAUGUACCAGUAACAAUCAUCAAUCAGGAUUUGUGGUGUAUUGAUGACAGUGGUAGUGAACACUACGAUAGUGAUAAAGACCCAGAGUACAUACCACAGUUGGACAAUUUUAAUUUAGUUGAUGAAGCUCUUGUUUAUAAUGGGCCUGUUACUGAUAAUUAUGACCUUGAUGUGAAUAAUGUUGUGAAUAAUAAUAAUAUAAUAACUAAAAAAAAACGUGUAAUGAUACCUAAAGAAAAAGUUCAGAGAAAACGUCAAAGAAAAGUAUCUGAUUGGAAGGAUGUUAGAGCAAAGUGUGAAUUAAAUAUAGGUAUUGAACAUAUCAAUCGAUCUGGUAAAAAGAAAAACGCAGUAGAAAUGGGUCCUCCAUGUAAAUGCAAGCUAAGAUGUUUUGAUAAAGUAAGUGAAGAUUUACGUAAGAAAAUAUUCAUAGAAUACUGGAGCUUAGGGGAUCAUACUCGUCAGUGGGACUUUAUAGCCAGGUAUGUAACAACAGAUGAAAAAAAAGUAACAACACAAUCAACUAGGUCGCGUAGAACAUAUUAUAAUUAUAAUCAAUUUAAAGUUGUUUUAUUUUAUUUAAUAUUGUAAUUUUCUUUAUUAUAAUAUUUAAAAAUUAUAAUAUUGUUAUUGGUUUUAUAAUGAGUAAUUAUAACUACUACUAGUAUUUUAACAGUUUUAACAAGUUU